GCACCAUCCACCGCUUCGGCGGCAACCACCACCACUCUCUUUCAACAUCUUCCGCCCCUCCUGCCCAUCAACGUCCACAUUUAUCUAUACUCUUCACUUGGCCCAUCGUGGCCGGACGCGGCCAAACUCCCGCCAUUCACGCGCGCCGCAAAUCUAGCCGCCUCGGGGCAGCGCGAACAUGGCCACGCCCACGCGUAGAGCCGCGUCGCGUUCCGCUCCUUCCUCGUCGCGCAGUACCAGGACGCCAACGCGCACCCGAGGCGCCGUGCAAGGCACUCCUACACCACGCAAGCGAGCGACUGACGAUUUUGCCAUCGACCCCGCAUUGCUUGAUGAACAAGAUGGCAGCGUGCAGGAAGACAUCGACGCCGAGGGCGAGGUUGAUGACGGGGUCGGCUACUAUUUCGCUCCAGAGGGAUACUACUAUCCUCCCGUCGCAGACCCGGCACUGGAACCACCCUUCGUCGCCGCCAGUGCGCCCCCCGCCGUUGAGAACGACAUUCCUCUCAGCGCUGACCCCUUCAUGGAAUCACAUCUCGCGUCAACCUCGACCCGUCACUCGCUCCCCCCUGCCGAGCACACUCUCGGGUCCCUCCACAACUCACUCGCGCCAUCACCAAUGCCCAUGACUGCAGGCAACGGCCCCUCGAUGAAGCGCAAGAGAGCACGCUCCCGCAAACACCCCAUAGAACCAAUCGCGAAUGGUAGCGACGCAACCCCCAAGGCCAAACCUAACGGCAAGCUCGCCAAGGAGGGCUCGACUGCACCGCGCGCGAACGGUAAGACGUCCAGCAAGGCUCUCAUCGUCAGAGAGGAGGUGUGCGGUUUCUGCCAGAAAGCCGACUUCAAGAACGAGAACGGACCCAAGGAGAAGCUCCUCAGUUGCGCGAUGUGCGGUCGCAGCGGGCACCCUGUAUGCCUGGGCUUCUCCAAUCCGCAGCUCAAGAAGAAAAUCAUGAGCUACCCUUGGUGCUGCAUUGAGUGCAAGCCGUGUGAGACCUGUCGCUCACAAGGCGAUGAUAAUCGCCUGCUGUUCUGCGAUGGCUGCGACCGAGGCUGGCAUAGCUACUGCCUUGUACCGCCACUGAAAGGACCACCUCAAGGGGUAUGGUACUGCGAUACUUGCGCCGUCGAUUUCAAAGUUGAGAACAACAAAGCCUCCACCUCCACCGCACGCGCACCCAGGACAUCCACUCCUGCUGCAAGGCCCACAGCCCCGUCGAGGAAAGGCAAGGAGCGCGCCGUGGAGACACCGCUCGUCGAAGUGCAAGCUCCCACACCGCGUGACCGGAAGCGCAAAGCCAACACCUCAUUGUCCCGCGACGACUCUCCUCUGAGCGAGCCCCCACCUAAGAUCCGUCUCAAGGCCAACGGCCACCCAAAAGACCGCGAUAAAGCUCGACGCGCCCGCGAUGCCUCAAACCAAGACACAUCAACAGGCACAUCACCCGCAGGCGGUCUCGUUCUCAAGCUUCGCGUUCCCAGCGCUGCACGCCGCGACAUUGAGGUCGAGGAAGAGCCCGAGGAGCAGGUGCCAUACGGGGGCGUCAUUGAGGGCGAGGACGCAGACACCUCUGGGACCACGAUCCUCGCGUCCGACAAGGCGUUAUUCGACAAGAGUCGGAAGGCAGCUGAGAACAGGCUAGGCGGGCCACCACUACCUCUGUGGGACCCUCAAGCCACGAUAGCGUCGCCUGUCCCGUCACGGCCAUCAACGCCCGGACCAGUCAAGCCGGGGAAGGCUCACUCUAAGGCUGCGCCAGCAACGCCGACGCUCUCAACACCCGGAUUCGCCACACCCACUUCCACCUCGACUGCCAUGCGACCGCUGCGCGAUCGCGUCCUACUUCAUCAAAAUGCUUCGUCGAGCAAUGUGCCCACUGUAAGCAGUCUCACAUCAUCUAUCGCUGCGUCCGCAGCUUCUGGAGGUCACCCCGAGAAGAUCAACAAGAUUCGCUUCGGAGUGUACGACAUCGACACCUGGUAUCAGGCGCCAUAUCCGGAGGAGUACGCACAGGUCCCCGAUGGCAGGCUGUGGUUGUGCGAGUUUUGCUUGAAGUACAUGAAGAGCGGCUUCGUGGCUGGCCGGCAUAGAAUGAAAUGCAAGGCGCGCCACCCACCAGGCGACGAGAUCUAUCGUGACGGGAACGUCUCCGUGUUUGAAGUUGACGGACGCAAGAAUAAAAUCUACUGCCAGAACCUCUGCCUUCUUGCCAAGAUGUUCCUGGACCACAAGACGCUUUACUACGACGUAGAGCCAUUUCUGUUCUACGUGAUGACUGAGGUGGAUGACCUUGGAGCCCGGUUCGUUGGAUACUUUUCCAAGGAGAAGCGCAGCCCCGAUAACAACGUGAGCUGCAUCAUGACGCUCCCUGUGCGCCAGCGCAAAGGUUGGGGUCAGCUCCUAAUCGACUUCAGCUACCUGCUCUCCAAAAAGGAAGGGCGGAGAGGCUCCCCAGAGCGACCUUUAUCAGGUCUUGGUCUGCUUAGCUACCAGAGCUAUUGGCGCAACACCGUAUUUCAGUUCUUGCGGAAAACCACUGGCCGCAUUCGCCUAAAGGACAUUGCCGCCGCGACCUCGAUGACAUUAGCAGACAUCUUUACGACAUUGCGCGACCAUAACAUGAUCAAUGUACUGGAGCCCCCUCUGCAGGUGGCAGCCUCUCGACAGAAGUUUCGCCGCGGGCGGCCUCAGAAAAACAAGCGCACCCUUCCCGAUCAGCCGCAGUUCGAGGGCAAAGAGAACGCAGUCGUCAUCCCAAAGCGAUAUCAGAUCGUCCCUAACCAUGAGGUUAUCGAGACGGUCCUGCAGAAGUUUGAAGCCAAAGGCUACCUCAAGCUUCGUCCGGAGCGCCUCAAGUACACGCCGUUCCUCACCACACGCGACCCUGCAUACCGCUCGCUCCUGUCCACGACAACCGCGGGGGAAGAGGAGGACAGCGACGACGAGUCUCCAACACCAUCGUCCAGCAAAGAGAUUAUCUCUACACCGGCCGAUCUUGAUCCUAGUGAUGCCGAGGAUACGCCAGACAAAAUUGCCGCGGGCGAGGAUAAAGCCACACUGCAGCUCGUUGCAGCUCUCACGGCUUCUCCUGUCCGCUCUCUGAGAAAACGGUCAAUCAACAGCAGUAACCCGAGCCCGGAGCACUCGAACAAGGCGCUGCGCCGCACCAUAUCCGCGAGCCCCGCGAAUGGGCGCCGAAGGAGCCAGCGGGGAGACAAUUCGAAUAGGGGUUCACCACAGAAAGCUGCUGCACUUCCAGCACCACCACCGCGCAAGAGACUGAUUCUGGAGAGCGAUGACGAAGAGCAGUCGGAUGAGGAUGCAGAGGGAGAGGAGGACGCGGAGGGGGAGGAUGAGUAUGAGGAUGAGGUGGACUGAAUGUCUGUAGCAACCAUGAGCUCCAAGCCCGAUGCUAUAUCAUGUAUGCUUUC